AUGUCAGUGACUACCAUGGCCAAAGAUCAACGAGCUCAACUACGAUACUUUCAGUGGAGCCCAGAAUUUUACAAAACCAAGCCCUAUGAACUUCUCCUUGACAACAUCCCCGAUGAUUUUCCCGUCACAAAUUUCGAAACCUCACCCGAAGAGGCAGAAGUAAUCCAAGAUCUUCGAGGCAUGGAGCAGUCGUUCACACUAGAGGACCAUGGCUUUUGCAUAGCAAAGCAGCGCCUUGAUAUUCCAGUCUUUGAUCAGGACACUAUCGAGAAGGUUUAUCUCCCACAAGUUGAGCGGCUGCUAAAAGGAAUGAUGCCCGAUAUCCAAGAUCUUUUCAUUUUCGAUUGGAGACUACGAUCUAGCGAUAGAAAGCUGAUUGGGGCCCAAUUUGAGGGGGAUUAUCUUAACUUGGCCGACCAAACAAACCGACUGUUCCCCGCAGAAGCUGUGCAUAUUGUCGCCGCAGACCAUGUGCGACGUGACUAUAAUGGGGAAAGCUACUACCCCCUAUAUAUCCCGGGAUACAAGUGGUACUACCUUAGUGGCCAGAUGGAGCAUGAAGUAACCGUAUUCAAAACAUAUGAUUCGCGACCGGCUGGAUCUGCCAAAGUUGCGUACAUCAAACACACGGCAGUUCUCAGCUGA